AUGUUACUAGAGUCUAUGACUUCCACUUUCCCCCUCCAUAUACAAUUCCGCCGAAUUACUCCUCCUCUCCUCCUUGUUCUCAAUCCGGAAAUGGGAGGAAAUUCCCCUUGUGCCUCCUGUAAGUUGCUGAGACGCCGAUGUGCCAAAGAGUGCAUAUUUGCCCCUUACUUCCCUCCCGGUGACCCUCACAAUGUGUUUGCUCCUCUUGUUUUGUGGGCUCAUUGGUUGACUUUUAAGCCAAUAAAACCAGAAUUGCUUGGGUAUGAAGAGCUGAGAAAUUCUGAGCUUCCGGUUCACCAGAGAGGAGACGCGGUAAGCAGUCUGGUUUAUGAGGCGAACGCGAGGAUGAGAGACCCGGUUUACGGAUGCGUGGGGGCGAUUUCGUAUCUGCAGAACCAAGUUUCCCAGCUAGAAAUGCAGCUGGCAGUGGCCCAGGCGGAGAUCCUUUGCAUCCAGAUGCAGCAAGAGCCUCAUGGCUUGCCCAAUCAGUAG